UUCACCACGAAAAAAUCAAUUUGUCAAACGACAUAUCAACUAUAGAAUGUAAUUUUUUAAAACUUGUGACUCAAAGUAUUUUUUAAUUAAAUUCCUUUUCGUGUUUAUAACACUCGUUUGAUUUUAUUCGGAAUAAAUUUUUAGUAUUAAUCCGCACUGAAGAGCAUGGCGUCACCAAGCAGAGUAAUCUACCGGAUAUUUCUAAUAUACAACGUCCUAUGGGGAUUGAUAGGAAUAAUGCUGAUAGCCUACGGAGGGGAUAAUAUCUUCCGCAUGAACUAUUAUUUCGAUGCCUCCUAUUUUCGGAUAACAUCCAUUACUUCUAUCAUUCUAGGCAUAUCUGUUCUCACUUUAUCGGUUAUAGGAUACGUGUCCUGCUUCAACGAGCAAGCUGGACUAACCAUAGCGUACAUAAUAAUCAUCUCGACUAAAAUAAUAAUUCAAAUUGUAUCCGCUAUAUUGAUCUAUGUCCGAGUAGACUUUUAUGGCGGACAAGCUCGCGACUUCAUUUCCAAAGUCUGGGAGAGUUCGCAAUUUUCGUCCAAAUAUGCAGCGUAUCUAAAUUCAAUUCAGUUAAAUUUAAAAUGCUGCGGAUUCACAGGACCUGAUGAUUGGGGUAUAAAUCUACCGCCAAGUUGCUGCGACAGAGAGUACUUUGCUUGCCUUAUGGAGAAUUCCUACAGGAUAGGAUGCGGCCAGAAAUUUAUAGAUUUUAAAAAAGAGUUAACUUUUGCCGCAAUCGCAAUUUUCGUAACAGUGUCGGCAAUAGAAAUUGUUGGUUUAGUAAUUGCGGUCGUGUAUCUGUGGGUGAUUAGGCAUAGGCCAGUGGAGGAGCAAACAAGAAAUCAAGUGACUGUGAUAGACCAUGUUUUUGAAAAAGCAGACUUCGAUAUGACGGGAAACUAAUAGAGGACUGAAAUUGGUUGACUUAAAUUUAAAGGCAAUAUCGGUAAAGUGGAAUGAGUGUUUGUAAUCUUAAAACUACUGUUUC